UAACAGACGCCGGCUUGGGACUGGAUGAAUGAAGGACAACUGCUCCUCCAGAUCAGUUUUUUUUUUUUUUUUACCACAACACAGCUCCUAAAUAUUUGUAAUGGGACCACUGGAACUAUACUGCAAGGGAGCAACUGUGUGGGUUCCUGAUGAAGAUGCAGUGUGGGUUUCAGCUCAACUCCUCCGUGACUACAACCCUGAAGAAAGACUACUUUGUCUACAACUCGGCAAUGGACUGGAGCUACAUUACACAGUGGCAUCCCUGUCUGACCUGCCACCUCUGGGGAACCCGGAUAUUUUGGAGGGAGAGAAUGACCUCACAGCUCUGAGCUUCCUCCAUGAACCUGCCGUCCUACACAACCUACGAGUCCGCUUUCUGGACUUCAACAGUAUCUACACUUACUGUGGUAUUGUUCUUGUUGCCAUCAAUCCUUAUGACCAGCUCCCUCUGUAUGGGGAGGAGGUGAUUGAUGCAUACAGUGGUCAGGAUAUGGCAGACAUGGAGCCUCAUAUCUUCUCUGUGGCAGAAGAAGCAUAUCGCACUAUGACCAGAGAGGAGAAAAAUCAGUCAAUUAUCAUCAGUGGAGAGUCUGGCUCAGGCAAAACAGUUUCUGCUAAAUUCACCAUGCGUUACUUUGCUGUGGUGGGAGGAGCAGCGCAGCAGACCAGUGUGGAGGAGAGGGUCCUGGCCUCAAAUCCCAUCAUGGAGGCUAUUGGCAAUGCUAAAACCAUCAGAAAUGACAACAGCAGCAGGUUUGGGAAGUACAUUGAGAUUGGUUUUGGAAGAAAAGGGGACAUCAUUGGAGCUAACAUGAGGACAUAUCUGUUAGAGAAGUCAAGGGUGGUUUUUCAGGCCUCCUCAGAGAGAAACUACCAUAUCUUUUACCAACUUUGUUCUGCCCGAAAUUACCCUGAGCUGAGAGAACUCAAACUGCUUGCACCUGAAGAUUUCUGCUACACUCGUCAGGGGGGAGACAUGCAUAUUCCUGGCACUAAUGAUUUGGCUGAAUUAAAACGCACAUCCGAUGCCCUUACUAUUUUAGGUGUGCAGGCUGACCAGCAGAUGGAGCUGUUUAGAAUCCUUGCAGCAAUUCUUCAUUUGGGCAACGUGAACAUCCAGGCCAGUGGGAGGAAUUCAGACAGAAGUUAUAUUGAUGCAGAUGACAGCUCUCUGGCCAUCUUCUCUAAGCUCUUGGGAGUAGAGGGCCCUCAGAUGGCUCACUGGCUAUGUAACCGCAGACUGACAGUAGGAGGAGAGACGCUAGUGAAGCCUGUGUCUGGGCAGCAGGCUGUGGAGGCCCAGAACGCACUGUCCAAACACAUCUAUGGACAGAUGUUCACAUGGACCGUCCACCGACUGAACUCAGCCCUAAGGAGUCAGAGAGGACAGCCCAAGAGCUUCAUAGGAGUGCUGGACAUAUAUGGGUCUGCAACAGCCGUCCAUGUUGAGAAGAUGUUUUCAUUGUUUUUUGGGAUUCAUUUGUUAAUGUUGUUUUUGCUCUGUUGCAGUUUUGAGACCUUUACAAAGAACAGUUUUGAGCAGUUUUGUAUCAAUUAUGCAAAUGAAAAACUACAGCAGCAAUUCAAUAGGCACGUAUUCCACUUGGAGCAAGAGGAGUACAUCCGUGAAGAGUUGGACUGGCGUCGAAUUGAGUUCAGUGACAAUCAGUUGUGCAUCAACCUGAUCGAGGGGCAGCUGGGGCUUUUAGACCUGCUGGACGAGGAGUGCAGGAUGCCUAAAGGGUCCGAUGAGAGCUGGGUAAGGAAACUCUAUGACCGGCACUUGAGCAGCACACCUCAUCCUCACUUCCAGAAACCCCGUAUGUCCAAUAGUGCUUUCAUUGUUCUACACUUUGCCGACAAUGUUCAGUAUGAGUGCCAAGGCUUUCUAGACAAAAACCGAGAUACAGUCUUUGAAGAGCUGGUUAACAUUUUGAAAGCAAGUCAGUCAGAGCUGGUGGCUGAGCUGUUCCAGCAGCAAAGCACUUCUCCCUCAGUCGCCCAAGAAAGUAUUCACUCUGGAAGAAGAGCUCACAAACUCACUGUGGGAUUUCAGUUUCGUCAGUCUUUACAGUUGUUGAUGGACACUUUGAACAACACAACACCUCACUAUGUCCGCUGUAUAAAACCCAAUGACUUCAAAGAGCCUUUUACGUUUGAUCCAAAGAGGACAGUCCAGCAGCUGAGAGCUUGUGGUGUACUAGAAACCAUUCGCAUUAGUGCUGCAGGUUAUCCAUCCAGAUGGACAUAUGAGGAGUUCUAUACUCGCUACAGAGUUCUGCUGCGUGGCGCUCAUGGCCAGGAGCAGGCUCAGGUCUCGUGUCAAAAGGCUUUACCCAAGCUCAUACCCGACCCGGAACAGUACCGCUUUGGGAAAACCAAGGUGUUUUUCCGAGCGGGACAGGUGGCUCUGCUGGAGCGUCUGCGGGCGGAGAGGCUGAGGGUUGCCACGGUGAUUAUCCAGAGCUGGGUUCGGAGGUGGCUGGCUCAGACCUGCUUCCACAGGACCCUAUGGGCUAUCAUGACCAUUCAAAGAUACAUCAGAGGAGCACUGGCAAGAAGGCUUACAAUGACCAUGCGUUACACAAAAGCUGUUCUCAUCAUUCAAAAGACGUACCGCAUGCUUGUGGUCAGACAGUUAUUCCAAAUGAUUCGACAAGCCACUAUCACCAUACAGGCUUUCACCAGAGGCACACUGGCACGACGGCAAUAUAGACAGCUUUUGGCAGAGCGAGCUGCUGUGCUGGUGCAGUCUAAAGUGCGUGGCUGGUUAGCAAGGCGUGCCUACAGACGUGUGCGGGCUGCUGUGGUCUUUAUGCAGUGUUGUGUGCGUCGACGUGCUGCCAGGAGAGAGCUGCUCGCACUCAAAAAAGAGGCAAAAUCCGUGGAGAGGUACAGAGAGCUCAACAAGGGCAUGGAAGUAAAACUGAUGCAACUGCAGCUACGACUGGACAAAGAGGUUAAACAGGCCACAUUAUUGGGAGAAACCUUAAAUGCAGAACGAGAUGCCAGGAAAGAGGAGUUAGAAACCCUCCGAGCGACUUUACAGAAACUACAAAGCCAAAAACCUGAGCCUCAGCCCAGUCCAGAGAUCAUCAAGGAGGUAGAGGAACAAAGACAAGCCAAUGAGAAGGCUGUACAGGAAAUAGAAAGAUUGACACAGGAGUUAGAAUUGCUGAAAAACGAAAGAGAACAUUUUAUGAAAGAAAAAGAGAACCUGUCAGCUCAUCUCCUUACUCAACAACAAGCUGGUGAAGGCAACAUACAUGAGGCGGUGUUGAAAGCGACAACUGCUAUUAAAAGUGAUUUGGAUGAAGAGAGGAGGAAGUACCAGGGUCUUUUAAGGGACUUCUCCAGACUAGAGCAAAGAUAUGACAACCUCAGAGAGAUGAGUCUGCUUACAGAGCGCACCAAGGGUCACAGGAGGACAGACUCCACUCAGAGCCUGAGUUUUGAGCCUCUCUCUCCCUCUUUCACUCCUCUAUCCUCUCUUUCGACCACCCCACUCUCUGCAUCCCCCUUCCCAUCAGGGCUGCCCUCUCCUGAGCCAGUGCGCAGGAUAAGCGUCACAUCACCCACCUUUGAGAGGAGAUCACCAUGGAGCUCAGAAUCCAAUCCAAUGGAUCUGCUGAUGGAGAGCCUGGCUGUGGCCAAAGACCCCACAGUGAAGAUGAAAAGCGAUGACUUGGCUCAUGCUUAUGAUGCUGUCCGUGUGGCCAACAAAUUUCUGGAGAAUCAGUUACAUAGUCAGCACAUUCAGUGGCAGAAUGAAAUGGAGGCUUUGAGAUCUCAGCUCAGAAAAGUAUCAUCUUCUUCUGGUACAAUACCUCAGGAUUUUCAGGACUUGCUUGAAGCUAAAGAGCAGGAAUGUGUGAGACUGAGGCGAGAGCUGAGAGACCUUAAAAACACCAGCACACUCAGGAGACUCCUCACUCAAGUUCUGUCUGUGUCUUCGACAGCUCAGGAGAGCUCAUGUGUAACUGAAUCACCAAAGUCUGCCCCAGUUGCAGGUUUACUUGAAUGUAGGAAAAAAGAUGAAGGGAAACUUCUAAAGAAUCUUGUCACUGAGUUGCAUGGGGACUUGGCCCUGACUUUACCUCCAGGUCUCUCUGCCAGUGUGCUCUUUUUGUGCCUGCGUCAGAUCGACCAAACUGGAGACCAGCCACGAACUCGAUCCUUCUGCACUGCCAUUGUCUCUGCUAUUAAAGCUGCUUUAAAAAAGCACAGCAAUGACCUGGACAUGACAGCACUUUGGCUAAAAAAUGGCUGCUUGCUGCAUGACCUUUUGGCCCAGCACUCUUCAAAGCAGACGUGUGAGUCAGAUGAAGUGGUGUCCUUUGUGGUAGACCUGAGUGACCAGAUUCGUGCCUUGAGUGACCUUUGUAUUCAGGCCUAUCAGCAGCUUCUGUCCAUCACUGAGGCUCGGCUCCAGAGCGUCAUUGUGCCAGCACUGUUGGAGAGUGAGAGCCUGGCAGGCUCAGCUGGAAAGCUGCCAUUAUCCAGGAAGGGUGCAAGCUCAGACUCUCGUGUGGUGGGGGGAGAAGCCCCCAGCAUGGACUCAUUACUGAGAGAAUUAAGGGCACUAUACACGGCCAUGUCCCGCCAGGCUCUGCCUCCUGAGCUCAUGGAGCAGGCCUUCCAUCAGCUCACCUACCUCAUGUGUGCCUCAGCCUUCAACAGCUUGCUGCUCCGCAAGGACAUGUGCAGCUGGAGCCGCGGCAUGCAGAUACGUUACAACGUAAGUCUGCUGGAGGAAUGGCUGCGUAGUCGAGAACUGUCAGCAGGGGGCGCUGUGGCCACAUUGGAACCCUUAAUCCAGGCAGUGCAGCUGCUGCAGAUGGGGAAGAAAACUGAAGGCGAUGCAAAGUCCAUGGUUCAGACAUGCACAGCUCUUUCUAGUCAGCAGAUUGUGAAGAUUCUGACCCUCUACACACCCCACAGUGAUCUUGACGAAAGAGUCACUUUGAACUUUAUACGCACUGUCCAGGGGCUUCUCAAAAACCGCUCUGACAGCCAGGCUCCACAGAUCCUUAUGGAUGUAAGACAAGUCUUUCCUGUGACAUUUCCAUGUUUGCCUUCACCAAACCUCCAUGCGGAUCAGCUGAAGAUCCCAGACAAUCUUAAGAUCUCCUUCCUACGCAGGGCCUAAGAGUGUAUGAAUUUGUGCCUGAUUGGCCCAAAC